GUCUUUCGUCCAAAUCCAGAGGUCUUGAUCAAAUUUGCACUUUUUGAAAUGAAACAAACCAAUACAACUAAUGUUUCGUCUCUGUCAUCUGCAGGAGAGGAUGUGGGAUCAACAGAUUGCUUCGUUCGAGUCAGAAAGCGAGACUUGGAGAAACUGGAGGCAGAAGUCAGAACACUACGAGAGUUUAUGCCAAAAGUAAUCAAUUGCGACUUUAUUGAUACCAUCCAUAAAGGACGGUCUCUGGACGCAUUUAAAGAACGCAGUGAACGUGAGCAGCAGCAACAGAGAGACGAUUGUCUGCACAUCCGUUCCAGACUAGAUGCUGCACUGAGCGACUGUCAAAGAGAGAAACAGGAGAAGCUGGUUCUAAAGCAGCAGUUAUGGGAGUGCAGAGAGCAGCUGCAGCAACAGAAAGACUUUUGCACUGAGCUGGGCUCUGCGUCUUGCACCCUGCUCUGGAGUGCAUCUCAAAGGGAGGAAGCUAUCAAAGACAUAUUGGCUGAUGGUAAACUGGAGCCCUUCCUGAGCAUAGCAAGUCAAACCUUGGAGUCGUUCAUCAAGUUUCUGGAGGACGAUGCAAAGCCGCAAGAGAGUUACAACUCGCAUGAGCAUCAUUUCGCUCUGGCACUAGCUGGCGUUGUUACCAAUGUAGCUGCUGUGUCUUGUGGACGAGACUUCCUGUCCUCUUCUGCCCACAUCCUAUUGGUUACUCUGAUGCGGCUACUGGGGCUAAUGAAACCAGGAGUAUUUCCAAAACUCAAAGUAUUGAUGCUAAUGGCUUUAUAUAACAUCACUAUCUGUGUGAACGGUCUGAAGCUUAUAAGUGAGAGUCCAGGACUUCUACCUCUUCUGUGCACGCUUCUGGAAGACCCUGACCCAGAAGUGUGUCUGCAGUCAUUGAGGCUCCUUCAGUCUUUACUGUUAGAGAGAGAUGUCAUGUCACACAUGACCAAUGAUUUUCUCAGCUCCUUCCCACUCAAUCGCAUCCACCAUCUAGCUUCAAGCCGCCACCCGGCUCUUAAACAAACAGCGCAGGAAACACUGGAAGAUCUGGCUAGCUUUACCAACACUAAAGUCGCAGAGAAUGAGCAAUGAGGCCCAGGCUUUCAUACUCACUUAAAAAUGAGAGGUGCAGGUUUGAUCUAGGUCCACCAAACCACAUACUAGUUCUGAGACUUGGCCAUGUUACAGGCUUAAUCAUCUAAAGAAACCUAAGAAGAUAGUUCCAAUUGUAAGUAAUGCUGAAGCAAGUGCUAACCUUUUUUGUACACACACACACAAAAAAAAAAAAAUCUUUUUUAUUACGUUUUCAUCUUUUUGCCCUAGAGAUGUGUAAAAAUAUUUUUGUGACGUAAAUGCUAGCCACCACUAUAGAUAGAUCAGCAUGUCUUUUUUAAAAUGUACCACAUUCUUACAUACUCUGUGUGCUCUUUACAUCACUUUAUACAAUGAUUAUCGUCAAAUCAUGUGUGCUGUCCUUUCUAGCACACUGGCAACAACAGCCAUCUCUGUUGUCCAACAUCACUGUUAGGACUGCAGCAGAAUAAUCAGCAGAUAGGAGUUAGACGUCAUGGAACCAAUUGAACUACGGCCCUUUGGAAGUCAGCAGCAAAAAUGUUAGACAUAAUGGUGCCCAGUCUGUCUAAAAAGUUAAAUGCAGAGAUUUUUAAGGUUGCACUUUCAGUUGAUGUUUUUUCCCCAAUUGUUUGACUAAUAUAAUGUUCUCGUUUUGAUUCAUUGCUUUGAUUCUGGUCUUUUUCCUUUUCCUUUACACUGUUCAUAUGUAUAUUUAUUUUUGCAAUGUUAUGUUUCAGAUUAUACAAUUAAAAGGCUUCACACGUU